AUGGCUCAAGCCUUCUUAACCACUGUUAACCAGCGGACGAGAAACCAGUUUCGCCCGCGCGCGGGCAAGGGAGGAUCGGCCAGUUAUCAACUGCGACAGUAUGCCGAAGUGACACUGGGUGGUGGCAGCCUGCGCAAGGUUGUCAAGCUCCCAGAGGGCGAGGACGAGAACGAGUGGUUAGCUGUCAACAUGGUGGAUUUCUACAAUCAGAUCAACCUCCUCUACGGAGCCAUCACCGAGUUCUGCUCACCGAUUUCAUGCCCUGAGAUGAAAGCCACCGACGAGUUCGAGUAUCUGUGGCAAGACAACGAGAACUUCAAACGACCAACCAAGAUGCCUGCACCAGCAUACAUUGAACAACUCAUGACAUGGGUGCAAGCAAACAUUGACAACGAACAAGUAUUGCCCAGCAAAAUCGGCGUCCCCUUCCCCAAGUCUUUCCCAGCGCUAGUCCGCCAAAUCUUCAAGCGCAUGUAUCGUGUCUACGCUCACAUUUACUGCCACCACUACCCUGUUAUCCGUGAGCUCGGUCUCGAACCGCACCUAAACACAAGCUUCAAGCAAUACGUCCUGUUUGUCGACGAGCACAGCUUGGCGAGCGGAAGGGACUACUGGGGUCCCCUGGGCGACCUGGUGGAUAGCAUGCUCAAGAGCGACUAG